CACCUCAGGUCGCUACGUCAUACGUCACACGUGUGGAAGAGCGAGGAGCCGAGGCGGCAACGACGACCUUCGCGGGCGGAUUCUUUCUCGCAUAAUUUUCUCGACGCUGUCGCGAUGUCGAUCAGACCGCUUUGGCCCGAUUUGCGGCCGCGAGCGACCGAUCCUCUGUGGUUCAACGCCGAUCGGCCGUGCGACGACGAGACCGAAGUAGCCGCUCUCGAAGCGGAGCACCAGGCCUGGAGAGAUCACGUCCGGGUGCAGGGUUACGAGCACAUCCCGAUCGGGAAGACUGUGAGCGAUUUCAGAGGAUCGGAGGGGGAGGAGGAAGAAGAGGAGGAGGAGGAAGGUGAGGGUGAAGAGGAAGACGAGUCGGACACCCACGAGGAAGAAGAGGAGGAGCUCGACGAGAUUGACAUGGAAGUCAGUUAUUCUCAUCAUCCGCAAAGGUCCAGCCCAACAGAUACUGUGACCGCUCCGGUAUCCAUAAGGAUGGUCAACGCAUCGAACUUGACUCGUUAUUCCUAAUAAUUCAACUGUACAUUGAUUGCCAACUGUACAUUGAUCAGUGUCAAAUGUACAUUGAUUAAUUACUUAAUCAUCUAUAUUGAAUCGUGCGUAAUUAUGCGUAUAGCUGUAUAGCGACGUAAUCGUCGUAUGCGAUUUUCGUCUUAUAAUUCUAUAGUAAAUUAUUUAUUAGAGUCAUAUUAGAGUCAUGCCGAUCGAUAGCAUGAAUAAAAGCGUAGCGUUCUUUCCUUUUUA